AUGCAUCGUGUUUUUGACAAACAAGUAAUGAUGGCAAAUAAUGGGACGACAUAUACGGCUAAAAUACAUUACAUAUUACACCAGUAUUGGGUCGACGAGACGGACGACAAGAUUAAACCCUAUGUCCUGUUAGGGGGCGGACCGGAGCUGUUUGUAACCCUAAUGCUAUUAUGGCUAAUAUUUGUUGUAAAAUUGGGCCCAAAUAUAAUGGUUGACCAAAAACCGUUUGUUUUGCGCAAAACACUUAUGGUAUAUAAUUUAAUGUUGGUUUUUAUUAAUGUUUAUUUUGCAUACACGGCGGCCAAAUGGCUUGACUAUGGCUUCAAAUCAUGGGUUGUUAGACUGCCGGCCCGUAACAAGUGGUCGGAUAAAGCGGUCGAUGAAUUACCCGAUAAAAUAAUCUACUUUUACACAAAACUAUUUGAUUUAUUCGAUACCAUAUUCUUUGUGUUACGUAGAAAGUCUACUCAAAUCUCGUUUCUUCAUGUUUACCAUCAUUUUUUAACUCCUAUAUUGGCAUAUAUGGUAUUAAAACUGUGUCCGCAAACCGUUAUUUUUGAAAUUGUUUGUUUUGUCAACUCUAUAGUGCAUACCGUUAUGUAUAGCUAUUACCUGGUGUCGUCAUUCGGACCCUGGAUUCAGCCCUACUUAUGGUGGAAGCGAUACAUAACACGAAUACAGUUAUUACAGUUUGUCAUCUAUGGUUUGGCUCUACUUAUAAGCAUAUAUUAUGGUCUGACCACUGAUUAUCCCAUAGCCUUACAAUGGUUGGCCACUUGGCAGCCAUUUAUGUUCUUUUAUAUGUUUUACCGUUUUUAUGUUAACUCAUAUAAUAAAGAUAAAAUGCAAUGAUUUAUAUUGUUUAUUGUUAUUUUAAUUAUUAU